AAAAUCUACCCAUGGGGCUCCCGACGGCCGUCGAUUACCUUAGUAACGGUCUCGAUGACAGAACGUGAAGGCCUAUCUGAAUCAACUCUUAUCGCACCCAAGACUCGCGUCCAUGACGAGCGUUCGUGGCACGUACAUUAACGAAUUGGGGUUUGGGACAAACCAAAACCGAAUCCCGAAGAUGAAUGUGGAUCCGCGGAUUGCCUUUCUUCUUGGUUCUACUAUAAACUGUUGCUGCAAACCCAAGGGCACUCCCUUUCGGGCCACCACGAUCGUUUCCUCCAUCCCGAAGGCACUGAAAGGAAAGAGAGGAGUUUCAUUUUGUGGUAACAUAUCCUCUCUGCUGAGGGUUCAAAAUAAUAGAACGGCAAUGGUUGAGACACCAGAUUCCCUUCAUUUGAAUAAAGAUCCUUACCCUCCUUUAGAGCCAUAUAGUUCUGGAUUUUUGAAGGUCUCUGAGAAGCAUACUUUGUAUUGGGAGCAGUCAGGAAAUCCAAGUGGCUAUCCAGUUGUUUUCCUUCAUGGUGGUCCUGGAGCUGGAACAUCCCCGAGCAACAGAAAAUUUUUUGACCCAGAACAUUACAGAAUUAUUCUCUUUGAUCAGCGUGGUGCAGGAAAAAGCACACCACAUGCCUGCUUAGAUGACAACACAACAUGGGACCUUGUUUCAGACAUUGAGAAGCUGAGAGAACACUUGAGCAUAUCAGAGUGGCAGGUUUUUGGUGGAUCCUGGGGGAGUACCUUAGCACUGGCUUACAGCCAAUCACAUCCUGACAAAGUCACAGGCAUUAUUCUUCGAGGCAUUUUUUUGUUGAGGAAGAAAGAGCUUGACUGGUUUUAUGAGGGAGGUGCUGCUGCUAUUUUUCCAGAUGCUUGGGAGCCUUUUAGAGAUUUUAUUCCAGAGAAUGAGAGGGAUAGUUUUAUUAAGGCAUACAACAAGAGGCUAAACUCUGAGGACAUUGAGAUACAGAAAAUGGCUGCUAGAAUUUGGACUACGUGGGAGUUGAUGACAGCACAUCUUCUUCCAAAUGAAGAAAACAUCCAGAAGGGGGAUGAUGAUAGCUUUUCACUGGCAUUCGCACGAAUUGAAAACCAUUACUUCAUAAACAAAGGAUUUCUUCCUUGUGAAUCACACUUACUGGAUAAUGUUGACAAGAUACGACAUAUUCCAGCUGUGAUUGUUCAGGGAAGAUAUGAUGUUUGCUGCCCAAUGAUGUCUGCAUGGGAUCUGCACAAAGCAUGGCCAGAAGCUGAAUUUAAGAUAGUUGCUGAUGCUGGCCACUCUGCAAAUGAACUUGGAAUAACAGCAGAGCUGGUAGCAGCCAAUGAGAAGCUCAAGUAUAUCCACCAAAAGUAAUCUCCAGUCUCCAGUUUCCAUUAUCUGGGAAAAAUGAAGGGAAGGGAAGUUCUCAAAGAGAUGGGCGGGAUAGAACGAAAUAAAAGAUCCGAUCCAUCUGGUAAGUGGGUAGCAUUUAGAGGUUUUUGAGUUGGCUAAGGUUGAGUUCAACAGUAGGGGUGCAUCUGUUGGCACGGCCUGGUAGGGGACUACCCAGUACCCAAGCCUGGUUUGCUUAUCUAUUGAAAGAAAAGAAAGAAAAAAAUUGGAUUUUAUGUAGAAACUUUUACUAGUAACCAUGACUAGUCUUUGAAACUCUUUUAAUGCAGCAAUCUUCUCAUUUAGAAAUAUGA